CUCUGUUUCCUUUCUUUUCAAUUAAUUAUGUUUGUUGUUCUUAGUCAGUUAGUCGAUUAAUUUUGGUUGCUAGGAUAGUUAGCUUGCAUGCUGUUAGGUAGCUAGGUUGUGGUUACAGGAUUCUAGGCCUGAUAAGUGCUUGGUUCCUGUUUACUUUUUGCUUGCUAGUUAUUUGGUUGUUGUGUGGUGAUGUCCUGUGUUAUUUUUGUUCCUGCUAUGCUGCUUUCUCCAUGCUACCUUGCUGCACUUUACUUGUGAAAUUGUACUUGCUUCUGCCUGAACUUAUGCUUUCACGCCUCAUAUGUAAUUUUUGCUGCUUUUUCCUACCCGAGAACGUCCGAUUUAUUGCCGGAAUGCUGCCCAAAUUUUUAGAAAUUGUCUUGGUUUUAAACUUGCUACCUAGAGUUAAACUUUUGAAAUUGUUUUAUUUUUCUUUGAACUGUGUAGUGUGAUUAGUUGAUUACUCAAACUGAUUGGAGGUAUUUUACUUUGAAUUGAAACUGAGCUGUGAUUCAAGAUGAUGAACACCAAAACUGUGAACUUUGAAAUUCUGUCUCCCUUUGAAAUUUCUGUAUGCAACUUUGUUUCUGGCAUCAUCAUUGUACUUUGUGUUCAUGUAGCAAUUUGAGUAUGGGCUAUAGAAUACAUUUUUGUAGUUUUUGCGUGAUUUAGGCAGGCUUAAUGUUUAUUCGAUCUGUUCUCUGCUCUUAUAUUCUAUCCCCUUUGGGCUGAGUAGAAUGAGAAGAGUUAGCAAUUAGCUUGACUUUACUGCUUUGUAGAGCCUUGUAGCUGAUGCUAUGGCAUACUCAGUCAUACUUCCUGACUCUUAAUGUGAGUUUCUGCUGAAGGCUAUGCUUUGCACUGCAUUUGUAGUGAGUGCCCUAAUAAAUUUUUGUACUCUCCUUCAGUAGCUAAUUAAUCUGGACAAUUAAUCUUGAGUGGGACAUAGCUUGAUGAUUCAAAUUAUCCAUGAAUUGAAAGAAAUUGGCCUGUUGCAAAUAAUAGAAAACCUUUGUGCUUCCAGAAACAAAGAGGGAUUUGGACAGAGCAAUAUGCACAUGUAACUUAUUACCAGAAAAUUUCUUAAAGUCUUUUAAUUCUUUAAUUUUAAUUCUCUCUUGAACAGUUCAUUAUUAGUGAUGGCAAUAACAUGUAUGAUUUCACUUAUGUUGGAAAUGUGGCUAAUUCCCAUUUAUGUGCCGACCGAGCUCUAGCUUCAGAAGGGGAAGUUUCAAAAAAAGCUGCAGGAGAGGUACCUUUAGAUUCUCUCAUUACAUUUUUUGGUGUAUAAAUAUUUGUUUAAUUAUGUAAAUGAAGAUUAAACAUGGACAUCUUAGAAGGCGGUGAUGAUGAUCCUGCUCUAUUGUAGAUGGGUUGUUAGUUAUUCACAGGUGUACAUUCUUUAGAAACCACGGUUGCUAACAUGAUGAUGAGUUGAUGAUACAUUUAAGGGUAGAAUUUCAUCUUUUGGGUGAAUGACAGGACCUAGAAAAUAUAUGUUUCAGCAAAUCCUAAUCAAAUACUUAAGCUAAAAUAAGAAAGAUAUACAACAAAAAACCUUAUUCCACUUGGUAGGGUUGAUGAUUGAUGACAAACUUGGAUCAUUUUGAUGCUGCUAUGUUAUGUUUGAUUGGUUGUUUUGUUUUUUGACUUUUGAAUUUGUAUUCGAAUGAGAUUAUAACAUUCUAGUUUAUGUAGUACUUUUAAUUUGAAUGAUAUUUUAAAGUUUAGAUUAGACUAUAAUUAUAUUUUCAUGUGUUUAUCUAUAUUUUAUUUAUUAUUUUAUUAUAAACGGUUUUUUCGGUUCAACCACGGUCCAACCGGUUGAACCUAUGAACCAGUGAACCAGUAACUAGAGCGGUUUGAUGACCGAUUCGGUUUUCAGAACCUUGCUACUACCCACACUCACCCCCGCGGCCCAGCCGCCUUCUCCAUCACCGAAAACUCACGUCCACCGCUAUCUCACCGCCGCCGUCGCAUCUGCUCCAGUGGCCAUCCCACUGCUCAAGCUCGUCUCCGCAGUCACAACGCGUCUCGUGUCACCACUCGUUCCUCCGUCGCACAGCCCCUGUUCUGCCGCGCUCCAGCCCUCCUCUGGUCCAGUUCCGCCGCGCUUCAUUUCGUGUGUCCGUCGUGCUCCCUCUCCCUCACCUCUGUGCUCUAUGCUCUGGAAGUUGAAGUUGAAGCUGAAGCAUGGAGGGUCUGCGGCAAAUAUGGUGUCAACAGCACCGGUCUCUUUCUCAGCUUCUUUUCCUCCGAUCAAUUUCUUCCAAAAUUUUUGUCAAAGGUUUAGCAUUUUCUACCACAAAAGAGAAAUUAGCUGAAGCCUUUUCAGAAUAUGGCAAUGUCCUAAAUGUUGAUAUAGUACUGAACAAAGCCAAGAACAGAUCUAAGGGUUUUGGAUACGUGACCUUUGCUAAGGAGGAAGAAGCCCGCAAGGCACAGAUGGCCAUGAAUGGAAAGAUAUUGCAUGGACGUGUUCUAUACGUGGAUAUGGAACCAAAUAAGAAACCAGAAAAAUCAUCUUUUGACAAGGCAACUACUGAUGGUUGAUUUGAUCCUCAGUGAUGCUUUGCAUAACCACUAAUUAUUCUGACUCACAAGGGGGAACUUGAUACAUUCCAAGCCUAAGAUUAAAUUGUGAAUUUAGUAGAAUUCUCUUUAGAGUUAGCAACUGGCUUGAACAUAAUGUAUCAGAAUGGGACCUUAAACAUGAGAAGAAGGAGCUGCAUCUCCUCUCAGUGUUUUGCAUAUAACAAUGUUGUUUUGUUCACAUUGUAUAAGUUCUCUCUAUUUUGAUCCACCAAUGAUGUUAAGCGUGGUAGUGGUCACAUUCACACCUAGUAACGGGUCCCUGGUUGCUAAUCAUGCUUGUUGAGAAGUAAAUUUUUAUGUAAACACCUUUGCAAAGCAUGGCAUGCUCGUAAAGGAUGAGAUCUCAAUAAAUCUGUUUAUUUUCCUA